AUGGACGAUGAGGAGAUAAAGUUAAAAAUUUGCAACUUAGUUAACCAGAAAAAAGAACAAGCAAAAGAAACGCUUCAACAUUUCUUUAGCAAAAACCAAUCACGCAAGAACAAGUUCUAUGCUAAAAUUCAUCAAGCCCAACAUCCAGUUCAUCACCAAGAAAAUUACCUCUUGGCCAAGGAAAGAAAAUCGGACGAGUACUUUGCCAUGCUUAAACCAAAUGACAAGUGGGACAAAAAUGCAGUCGUUAAAAGAGAUGAUGCUAUAGGGAGAAGUGGAGAUGUUUCUGGAACAGGCGGGGAUGCGCCCAAAGGGAAGGAGGUACCCUUGGAGGAGGAACCCCCCGGGAAAGUCGAGAGUGCAGGGCGUGAAGACACAGUCGAGGAGGAUGAACCCCUCGCGGAGCACCAUGCCCAGUUAAACGACGGGCAAAGUGAGUGUCUCCAAAAUGAUGGAAACCAGAAUUGUGACAUGCAAGGAUGCAACUCUUCUAACUGUCCCCCACACAGCUACAACGAACCUUGCCAAUGUGCUCAAAGACCCAUCACGGAGAAAAAGCACUGCGGAGAAAAAGGAAAAAAAAACAAAAAAGGAACCAACGUUAAUUAUAUAGUUCACUACAACAGAUAUAAACCCAUCAGGGUACCUCCCACAUUUAACAAAGCCAAAAGUAAUAACCCCCCAGUGAUAACAAAAAAUAAAAAUCAAUAUAUAAAUUGCAAUUUCAGAUAUUAUGUGAAGGAAAAAAAUUAUUUAACACAAAGCGCAGAUCAGAAUAUAAAAUGGGACCAGAUAGAAAAAGUGGAUUACAUUUUGUUUGACAAUACAACAUUAACAUGUCCUAUAUGUUUGGAGGAUAAAAUUAUUUCUCCCAGAAUUACUAAGUGUAGACACAUAUUUUGUUUUUUUUGCAUUUUAAAAUAUUUCAUCGAUGAAAAAAAAAAAACAUGGAAAAAGUGUCCCAUCUGUUUCGAAAUAAUAAAUGAAAAUGAUCUAAGAGCAGUUAAAUUUCAUUACGUAAAAAAUUACAAAAUCAAUGACAAUAUUAAUAUGUGUCUGCUGUACACAGAGGAUAAAAAAAUCCACUUAAAGUCAGAGAGAUUAUAUUUCAAUAACAGCUUUAAGGUAACAAAUAAAAAUUUUGUUAAAAAUAAUAAAACAGGCGAUUACAAAUAUUUUGUGAAUAUAGAUUAUAUGAAUAAAAAUUUAAAUACCUUUAGCCAAAAUCACACAAAUAAAAUUUGCAAAUUAAAUCUCAAUUUGGGAGUUCAAUUUUCAAAACUUUUUUAUUUAUACAAUCCACUUUCCAUAUGGAUAAAGGAUCUCACCAUUUUUAAUUUCAUUUUGACGAAUAAGAAUAUGCAUUUAUUCGCGUCAGAUGAGAAUGUCAUCCAGAAGGCCAUAGAAAAUAUUAAGUUAAAAAUUAGUGAAUAUUUGAAUAUUCCCAUUGAAAAGAUAAACCCAGAACUCUACUUCGAUGAGGGGUCUUUCGACUCUUUUUAUCUUUAUGAUAAUUUGGCCCACGAUGUUUACGAUAGCAUCGAGCAAAUAAAAAAUGUAAUGAAGAUCGAAACGGAGUUGGCCAAGAACAAGGAAUCCACAGCGGAGGAGAAAUGUCCUAUCGGUUCUGAGAAGCCCACCGAUGAACGUUCUCCAGACUUGAAGAAUUUAAACCAGACCUACUUCUACCAGUCUAUAGAUGGUCAAUGUAUAUUCCUGGACCCCUUCAUUUUGAACUUACUUUUUUUCGAGUUCGACAACAACAUGAACAGCAUGCCUAAGUUUCUCUGCAACAGGAAAAUCAAAUACAUUGAGACCUUCGUGUUGGAUGAAAAAAUCAGAAAAAGGCACACAAUUUUGUCCCACUUGCCGCUUGGCGUUAACGUCCUGUUCGUUUCGUUCAACAUAGAUGACCUCCUAUCGGAAAGGACCAAAACGCAUUUUUCGAAGGAAAUAUCUGAAAGGAAGAAGAAGCACAAUUCCAUUUUGAGAAAAAAAAUGGAGGAGGAAAAAUAUUUCAAACUACUAGCCGAGGAAGAAAUAGACAGGAAAGAGAAGCGCUACUGGAAUUUGCCUAGUAACACGAUAAACAUACAGAGCGACACCAUCAACAUAAGUUCAAGCAUGUUAAGGUAUCGAAACUUGUUGGACGAGGAGAAAUAUCUUCACGGGGAACUGGACGACGACUCGGUAGUAAAACAAAACGAACAUGCAUUUGUGCAGGAGUUUUUCGCGAAUGUAAAUUUGGAUGACCAACCUCAAGAAAAUAAUACAAGUAGGGGGACCAAUAAUAGACCAAAGAUGAAACCAAAUGAACCAAAAGGGGGAUCAAAAUGUGGCCGAAAACAUGAUCCUGCCGUAAGUUGGGAAAAUAGCGAAUUGGCCAACGCACCCGAUCCAAACGCCUUCCAUAUUCCGAAGAGAAGUUUUCUUGAAAUAGCGAAACAGAAGAAUGACGCGGGGGAUAUUAAAUCAGAUAUAGGUAAAAAGAAUGAAGAAAUGUUAUCCAUUGGUUCCGGCUCCGUUCAUGUCAAUUUGAUUGAUUUAAUAAACAUGAAAACAGCUAAAAAGAAGAAGAGGAAAUAG